AUGCCGCUAGAUACGAAAAGAAUAAAUGGACCGGAAAUUUCUACACCGUAUCGGAUAUAUUGCAAAGCUAGUGCACCGAAAGCGUUUGAAGAACGGUUGAGCGAAGCAAUCGGUAAAGAUGGAACACGCAAGGAUGGUCGCUUGUUGCUGGACAGCCGCAAGUAUUACACAAAGAUUGGCGUAGUUUCAACGGCGAAAGGAUCAGCGUACGUGGAGCUGGGUAAUACCAAAGUUAUAGUAUCCGUGUUCGAUCCACGCGAAAUACCGAAGCAGAACAAAUUCAAUCAGCUGGGAGAACUGUAUUGUGAUUUUAAGUACUCUCCUUUUGCCUCGGUGGUGAGGAAAGCCCCGCAAACAGAUGCACGUGAACGCAGUAUGGCAACGGCCUUAACGAGCGCUCUCAACCCAUCCGUUUGUCGGCAUUUGUUCCCCAACCUGCAGAUUGAUGUGUUUGUGAACGUGCUGGAAGACGAUGGUUCAGCGCUAGCCGUAGCAAUAACCGCUGCCGGGUUAGCCCUUGGCGAUGCAUGCAUUCCGAUGUUCGACAUAGUGACGGCUGCAACGGCCGGUAUCCUAGGAAACCGAAUCCUCGUCGACCCUACGGCAGAGGAAGAAGCUUUGUGUAUGGAUGGCUAUACCGAAGAUAAUCAUGGUUUGGUGAUGAUAGCAAAGCUUCCAACGCUGGAUCAAGUAUCGGAGAUAAGGCAGUAUGGGAAUGUGGACGUUGAAAUGUUGUGGCAAACGUGUAAACAACUAAACACGAACUGUGGCGAUUUGGUUCCGAUCGUACAACACGUACUGGUGACCAAAGUUAAGACACACCUUCGAGAGCUUGAGAUAGAGAGUGACAACGAAAGCGAACCUGGCGAAGACAAGGAGGACACAGCCGAUACUGCUCUUCCCAUCAGUUCGGCUGCAGAUAAAUGA